AGCUCACUCAUCUAUUUCUUUUCGCUCUCACACACACACAUACACACUCAGGAUUUUGGCAGUUCUGGCUGCACCGACACCAGCAGGUCCACAUUUCUCCAGUAAUCCAGGAGGGACACAGCAACAAUGACGGACGUGUCCACCAACAUGCGGCUGAAGCUGCCUAUCGUCUGCUUCAUCCUGCAGAUCAUCCUCAUCAUCCUCUUCGGCGUGCUGGUCCAAUACGACCACGAGGUGGACGCCAAGGAAUGGCACAGCCACAACCGCUCAGACUACGAAAACGACUUCUAUUACCGCUAUCCAAGCUUCCAGGACGUUCACACAAUGAUCUUCAUCGGUUUUGGUUUCCUGAUGACAUUCCUGCAGCGCUACGGCUUCAGCAGCGUGGGCUUCAACUUCCUGAUAGCCGCCUUUGCGCUACAGUGGGCCACGCUCAUGCAAGGAUUCUUUCACGGCAUGCACGGCGGAAAGAUUCACAUCGGGGUUGAGAGCAUGAUCAACGCUGAUUUCUGCACGGGCUCCGUGUUGAUCUCCUUCGGAGCGGUUCUGGGUAAAACCAGUCCCGUCCAGCUCCUGGUGAUGGCGCUAUUUGAGGUCACCCUAUUUGCGGUGAAUGAGUUCAUCCUGCUCUCACUUCUGGGGGCCAAGGACGCGGGAGGCUCCAUGACCAUCCACACCUUCGGGGCCUACUUUGGGUUGGUAGUGGCUCGAGUCCUUUACCGACCCAACCUGGACAAGAGCAAACAUCGGAACAGCUCGGUGUACCACUCGGACCUCUUCGCCAUGAUCGGUACCAUCUACCUGUGGAUGUUCUGGCCCAGCUUCAACUCGGCCGUCACGGCCCACGGCGACGACCAGCACCGUACCGCCUUGAACACCUACUACUCGUUGGCCGCGUGCACCUUGGCCACUUACGGCAUGUCGGCCCUCACGGCGCACGACGGAAAGCUGGACAUGGUCCACAUCCAAAAUGCAGCCCUGGCUGGUGGUGUGGCUGCAGGCACGGCGGGGGAGAUGAUGCUCACGCCGUUUGGCUCCAUGAUCGUCGGAUUCCUGGCUGGAAUCAUCUCUGUGCUGGGAUUCAAGUUCCUCUCUCCCAUCUUGGAGGAGAAGCUGAAGAUCCAGGACACGUGCGGCGUUCACAAUCUCCACGGCAUGCCCGGGAUUCUGGGUGCCAUCGUGGGAGCCGUCACCGCCGCCGUGGCCUCCUCAGACACUUAUGGAGGAGGCAUGGCUGAUGUGUUUCCCGAUGUGGCGAGCGGCGACGUGGAAGCGUCUUUCCAGGGCGUCCGGCAGGCCAUCUCCUUGGCCGUCACCCUGGGCAUGGCCCUGUUGGGGGGGCUCAUCGUCGGGUUCAUCAUGAAGUUGCCCGUUUUUGGUGCACCUCCUGACACCCUUUGCUACGAAGACAGCAUCUAUUGGGAGGUUCCUGGUGACGAGGAGGGUCACGAAGCCCAACUGACCACUGUCGUCCAUUCUGCAGAGACCGAGAAACUCAACAGCUAAACACGCACGCACACACACACACACAGGUCAUACUGCCAGUCCUUUGGGACAUUUUCGAAGAAAAACAGCAUCCAUAUUUCACCACUAGAUGGCGCUGUGCUGCAGGCCUGCGUGGGAAAGAGACGAUGCCAGUCAAUCUCCACAGUGGGCCACAAUAUAAAUACUUACUGUUGAAUUUCCACACCAAAGAGCAGCCAAUUUCCUUUAAAUGUUUUCAUACGAUUUUUUUAUUAUUCCUUGGGUUGGGGGUUUUCUUUGAUAUUAUUUUCCUGUCCUUUUUGAUUGACCCUUAAGUUUUUUAGUCUCUGAAUAUUCCUAGUUCCUUCCUAGCAUGUUUUUUAAGACACAUUGUAUCAUUUUGGUCCAAAUAAACCUUUUUAAUGUGUGAUAACAA